AUGUAUGUACACAUAGAACUGCUCCUCGUUCUAACAGGGAUUAGCGUUGUUUCAGCACAGAACCAUGGUAGAGUGCGUAACUACGUUAAGAUUCCCGCCAACAUCAACAUCUAUUAUGGAGAUCUGGCCCAUGUAAGAUAUGGUGAUGGAGUGAUGAGUCCACUGUGCAUGCCGUUGGACCGCGACAUCAUCAUAGAUAUUAUGGUAUAUGAUAGAAUCACUAUUAAUCACAACGGGACGUAUUACACUGCUGGCAACGGAAUGGUAUCAGGAGUUGGAGUAGACUUCCAGGAGAUUUCAGACUCCAAUCGUUCCUUCCGUACUAUUCUUCGGCUUGUAUUUCCAAACGAUAAGGAACUCGUGCAGUAUUUCCCAUUUUGAUCUGCUGACGUCAUUCUACUGCUAUGUUAAAGAAGACAGUUGUCUCUCAAUUUGAUCCAAUAUUUGCAUAAUGCGAUUAAAAAACAAAUAAAUAUUGUCAUAAUUUCAUGAGUAUUAUAUCGCUGCACCAUAUAUAACUACAUCUGAUCAAAAAACAGGUACAUGUAAAUACAAAUACCUAUGGUCAUAUACACCAUAAAUACAUCACAAAACGGCUCUUUUGUGUCAUAAAUAUAAUAACAUACAUGCAUCAGUGACAGAAUCGUAGUAAUAUGCUACUACGCAGUGUUCGUAAACAAGAAACGUGAUUAAUUUCAGAAACAGCCACAACGUUAGAUAUACAGAGUUUAAACACGUGGUAUAUACCAGCUGAUCUCUGAAGAUGUAAACCUGACUCUAGAGCUCUACAAAUAAAGUAUAUUAAAACAACAAAGCGUACGUCUGGAUCACAGUAGGCAAGCGUACGUCUAAGUAACCGUCUUAUUGAUUUAUGUAAAGCUUGUUGUUUACGUAUUUUCAAUGGAAGAGAUACAAAUAAUUUCUUCAAUGACUUCACAUACUGCGGUCAUAAUGGAAUGAGUGUUAUUGACUAUUUGAUUUUGAAUCCAUCUUUAUUUUCAUUAGUUUGCCAGUUUAUUGUUGGAAAUUUCAAUGUAUUAUCUGACCACACCCCCUUACACGUGCAACUGUUUACUCGGUUACCUGUAUCGAGUGAUUUUGAUGCAAACAGGGCACACAUGAAUACCGAUUCAGGUAGUGAGCAGUCUCCCUACCGAGUGAAAGAGGAUGGUAUGGAGCAAUUUUUAUCGGAACUUGUAGCACAUCGUAAGGAUAUUGAUAAAUCUGUUUGUUCCCCUAAUGAGAUUACUGAGAAUAGCAUAGACGAAUGUGAAUAAAUUUACAGAAAUCCGAACACAAGCCAUGCACCCUUUUCUUGUUACAGGUAACACACGUGUGGCGUGUGAUCGUGUAGGUGCAGUAGGGCGUGACAAUAUAAAUAAACAAGGAAGGCGUGUCGUAGGCACACUAUUGCAGGAAGACAAACUAUCGUUUGACCCUGAAUUAAAAAAUGUUUUGCAUAAGUAUAAAAAUGUUUUGAAUGUAUUCAAUAGUUGUAAAUCAAAUGAGAAUCAUACUAAUUUGAUUGCUAAGAAAAAGAUUUAUAAAUUUCUAGAGAACAAUAAGAAAAGAAUGUAUUUGAUAUAUGAAGGGAAUAUGUUGGAGUAUCUUAGAAAAUAUAAUCCCAAGCAUUUUUUAUAAGAAAUUUGCUUCACCUAAGCUGGACCUCAGAUUAGUAUGGAUAAUUUAUAUUUGCAUUUUAAAAAUUUGUCAUCAGAGGCUGUUAACACUUCAGAGGCAGUGGUGUAGAUGUUAAUAAUAUUAAUGAUGACUCUAUUCCAAAUUAUGAUGAGUUAGAUUGUCCAAUUACAUUGAAUGAAAUUUCUGCAGCUAUUUGUAAACUGAAGUGUGGAAAGUCUCAUGGCCUAGAUGGGAUUUUAAAUGAAUGUCUCCUGGUGGGUAAAGAUAUACUGCUACCACCUUUUCAUGUAUUAUUUAAUACAAUUCUGAAUUCGGGAUUUUUUCCAACAGAAUGGUCGCAGGCAGUGAUUACUCCUGUACAUAAGAAAGGUGUCAAGGCUGACCCUAAUAAUUUCAGAGGGAUUAGUUUAUUAGGUUGCCUUGGAAAGUUAUUUACAUCUAUAUUGAGUAUUAGGUUGGUUAAAUGGUCAGAAUCUUGUGAAAUUAUUACUGAUGCGCACUUUGGUUUUCGUCCAGGGCUUAGCACAGUUGAUGCUGUAUUUGCCUUACAUUCUAUAAUAACAAAGUCUUUCAGUGAAAAUAAACGCCUUCACUGCUGUUUUGUAGAUUUGAGGAAGGCAUUCGACUGUGUUGACUGGAUAAAUUUAUGUUAUAAACUAUCUAAGUUAGUAAUAAAGGGUAAAUUUAUGUGUGUCAUUAAGUCAAUAUAUAAAAAUGUGAGGUCUUGUUUGAAAUUUAAUGGCCGCAUAUCAGACUUUUUUGCUAAUGACAUCGGUUUGAUGCAAGGGGAAAUUUUGUCCCCAAUUCUAUUUUCUAUGUAUGUAAAUGAUUUUGAAUCUUAUUUUAUCUCAAAUUGUAGUAACCAAUAUAACUUUGGUGAAUUAAGUCUUUUUCUUAUGUUAUAUGCAGAUGAUUAAGUUCUGUUCUCUAAGACUGUUGAGGGUUUACAGGAACUACUAGACAAUCUUGCUAGCUAUACUGAGCAAUGGAAGCUAUCUGUUAAUAUAGCUAAGACAAAAAUUGUUGUUUUUCGAAAAAGUGGGAAAAUUCGCAACAAUGAAGUUUGGUCAUAUAAAUGUAAUCCAGUUGAUUGUGUCGAUCAGUUCUCGUACCUGGGUGUGUUAUUCAAAUACAAUAAUAAGUUUAAUAUUAUUCAGAAACAUUUAUCUGAGCAAGGUCUUAAAGCAAUGUUUGCUUUGUUGUCGAAAUGUUCUACUCUAAAUCUUAACUGUACAACUUUGUUAAGUUUGUUUGACACAUAUAUAAGUAGUAUAUUGUUCUAUGCAUGUGAAGUAUGGGGAUCCAUAAAGGCACUAGAUAUAGAGAAAAUUCACUUAAGUUUUUGUAAGAAAGUUUUUAAAGUAAAAUAAAAAGCAUGCAAUGUCAUGGUUUAUUGUGAACUUGAGCGUCUGUCAUUAGAGUACAUGAGAAAAUAUAGAAUUAUCGAGUAUUGGUUUAAGUUGCUUGAUAUCAAAAAUUGUAUUUUGAAUUGUGCAUAUGAAUUUUUACGAGAUAUAACCACAGGUACCUGUUUUAAUUGGUUACAUUAUUUAAAAGAUGAAUUGUUUUCCUUAGGUUUUGGUGAUGUUUGGUUAGCCCAAUCUCCAUUCAAUAUUAAUUUCAUUUUACCUCUUAUUCGUCAAAGAAUUAUUUAUCAAGGCCAACAACACUUAAGAGGCCUGCUAGAAGCUUCAUCCAAAUGUUUCCUUUAUAAACACCUGGUAGACAAUUUAUCCAUACAGUUUUACUUAACAAGAUAUAUUCCUAAGAAAUUAAGAAUAAAUUUAACAAAAUUACGUCUGUCUGCACAUUCCUUAGCGAUCGAGACAAGCAGAUACCGAAAUAUUGCUCGAUCCCAGGGAUAUUGUAUAUCAUGUAAUUCAAAUAAAGAAGUUGAAGAUGA